ACGUUAGCCUCCGGUCAUCAAAUAGCAAAACCCAAAACAACAGCAGACGAUAUCUUCCAAGUGUCUGCUCAGGACACAGCUUCAGCCCUCUGUGGUCCCCUCUCCCCGGGGGCUCUGAGGCCUUUGGGAUUCUUGUCAAGCUCCUUCAAGAGCCUGCAAGGACUUAACUAGCCACUCAGAGUUCCCCUGCUGAAGAUCUGAGCAUGACCCGGGAUGAGGCACUGCCGGACUCUCAUUCUGCACAGGACUUCUAUGAGAAUUACGAGCCCAAAGAGAUCCUGGGCAGGGGCAUUAGCAGUGUGGUCAGGCGAUGCAUCCACAAGCCCACGAGCCAGGAGUACGCAGUGAAGGUUAUCGACGUCACCGGUGGAGGCAGCUUCAGCCCCGAGGAGGUGCGAGAGCUGCGAGAAGCCACGCUGAAGGAGGUGGAUAUCCUGCGCAAGGUCUCAGGGCACCCCAACAUCAUACAGCUGAAGGACACUUAUGAGACCAACACUUUCUUCUUCUUGGUGUUUGACCUAUGGGAGAACCCCCACACUGAAACAAUGGAGAUGGAACAGAAAUGGCACUUGGGCUGGGGCUCCCCCAAAUCCACCAACUUCAGGGCCCAGGGCUGGGAGAGGAUGAAGAGAGGGGAGCUCUUUGACUACCUCACUGAGAAGGUCACUUUGAGUGAGAAGGAAACCAGAAAGAUCAUGCGAGCUCUGCUGGAGGUGAUCUGCGCCUUGCACAAACUCAACAUUGUGCACCGGGACCUGAAGCCCGAGAACAUCCUCUUGGAUGACAACAUGAACAUCAAGCUCACAGACUUUGGCUUUUCCUGCCAGCUGGAGCCAGGAGAGAGGCUGCGAGAGGUCUGCGGGACCCCCAGUUACCUGGCCCCUGAGAUUAUUGAGUGCUCCAUGAAUGAGGACCACCCGGGCUAUGGGAAGGAGGUAGACAUGUGGAGCACUGGCGUCAUCAUGUACACACUGCUGGCCGGCUCCCCGCCCUUCUGGCACCGGAAGCAGAUGCUGAUGCUGAGGAUGAUCAUGAGCGGCAACUACCAGUUUGGCUCGCCCGAGUGGGAUGAUUACUCGGACACUGUGAAGGACCUGGUCUCCCGAUUCUUGGUGGUGCAACCCCAGAACCGAUACACAGCGGAAGAGGCCUUGGCACACCCCUUCUUCCAGCAGUACGUGGUAGAGGAAGUGCGGCACUUCAGCCCUCGGGGGAAGUUCAAGGUGAUCGCUGUCACUGUGCUGGCUUCAGUGCGGAUCUACUACCAGUACCGCCGAGUGAAGCCGGUGACCCGGGAGAUCGUCAUCCGAGACCCCUACGCCCUCCGGCCUCUGCGCCGGCUCAUCGAUGCCUACGCUUUCCGAAUCUAUGGCCACUGGGUGAAGAAGGGGCAGCAGCAGAACCGGGCUGCCCUUUUCGAGAACACACCCAAGGCCGUGCUCCUCUCCCUGGCCGAGGAGGACUACUGAGGGGCUGGCCAGUCAGGGAGGGCUGGGGGGCAGGUGGGGAGGGGAAGUCACGGAAAUAUAAGUCCAAGGGGUGAGACGCGUGUAGUCCUCUGCAGAAGGAGUGCUUGGCCCUGGCCAGGAACCCCUGGAGCUGAGGUCAUAAUCUCCUCUCAAAGGCUGUGCACAAGGGAAGCGGGUGUUCCCACCACACAGCAAUACCUGCAGGCUGGGGCAGGCCCUGGGUGGGCAGAGAUCACAGGUGGCCUGAGAACCAGGAGCCGCCUACUCCUCCACUUCCUGGAUGAGCCACCAUCUCUGUUUCUCUUUAGGGGAGGCCCAGAGUUACUGACACUUGGGCCCUCUUAGGGUCCCAAGGUGAGAAUCAAAGACACAGAAAUGUCUGAGAUACACAAUCGCAGGAGAUUUUAUUGACCCCAUGACAUCCAGUGACAGUGUGGGAGCAGGCUACUCUCCAGGGACAUAUUUUUGGAGGCAUAUGGAGAAGGAGGCCCAGGCGAGGUGGCUCACACCUGUAAUCCCAGCACUUUGGGAGGCCGAGGUGAGAGGAUCGCUUGAGGCCAGGAGUUUGAGACCACCCUGGGCAACAUAGUGAGAUCCUAUCACUACAAAAGUUCACAAACUUAGCCAGGCCUGGUGGUGCACACUUAGUAGUCCCAGCUACUCGGGAGGCUGAGGUGGGAGAAUUGCUUGGGCCCAGGAGUUCAACACUACAAUGAGCAGUGAUCACCCCUGCACUCUAGCCUGGGCAACAGAGCAAGACCCUGUCUCA